GCCUCCUUCCCCUCUCCCCUUUCAUGAUUAUCAUGGGACGGGGAGAACUUGACUGCGGCUGACUCCUCUUUUCCUCCACUAUAUAAGCGACCUCUCCCCCUCUCAUCUCGCAUCACCAUCAUCAUCAUCCUCAUUCCUCUUCUCUCCUACCUCUCCGAUUCCUCUGUUUCUAACUAUCUUUCUCUCCGAUUCCUCUGUUUCUAGAGCAAUGGCUUCUUGCUAUAGCGCCUUACUGGCCAUGGCAGUGCUCCUCUGCACGGCGGAGCUGUCCUUGUCUAUGGGAGGAGGGUCGAGGAAGCUCGCCUCCCUCUACACCCCUCCGCCGCUCGUUCUCAAGUAUCACAACGGUCCCCUGCUCACCGGAAAACUCCCCCUGAGCAUCGUUUGGUACGGUGCCUUCACCCCUUCCCAGCGCGCCAUCGUCGUCGACUUCAUCAGCUCCCUCCACCAGCCGACCUCUGCCGCCCCCGGCCACCCCACCGUCUCCACCUGGUGGAGGACCGUAGAGAAGUACCCUGCUGCGGUGCCCAAUUCCGGCUCCUUCGCCGCCUCCGUCGUGCCGGUGCUGAUGGGCCAGACCCUCGACUCCGCCUGCUCCCUGGGCAAGACCCUCACUCGGGCCCAAAUCUCCCAGUUGGCCUCUAGGCACGCUCCGUCGGCCGCCGGCGGUAGGUCCCUCACCCUCGUUCUCACCUCCGCCGACGUGGCCGUCGAGGGCUUCUGCAUGGGCGGCUGCGGGACCCACGGAGCCCACCCGCCCUCCGCCGCCUACGUCUGGGCCGGCAACUCCGCCUCUCAGUGCCCCGGUACCUGUGCCUGGCCCUUCCACCAGCCCAUCUACGGGCCCCAGUCCCCGCCCCUGGUUGCCCCUAACGGCGACGUCGGCAUGGAUGGCAUGGUGAUCAACGUCGCGUCGCUUCUCGCCGGCGCCGUCACCAACCCGCUCGGAAACGGCUACUACCAGGGAGCCCCCGGUGCACCGCUGGAGGCAGCCUCCGCUUGCCCCGGCAUGUAUGGUAAGGGCUCGUACCCGGGAUACGCCGGAAGCCUUCUGGUAGACCCUACAACCGGCGCUAGCUACAACGCUGUGGGCCUUAAUGGUAGGAAGUACCUCUUGCCAGCUCUGUGGGAUCCGGAGACUUCCUCCUGUACCACCCUGGUCUAAGCCAAGAUUCAACAACAUAUAUUAUCCAAAGAAAUAUAGUUAUUGUGUUCAAUAUUAAGAGAUUAAAAGUCCAAAGAAAUAUAGGGUCGUGUUUGAUAUAUAGGAUGGGUGUCUCACAUUAAUGAAACUUUUAGGGGGUGUUCCAUCGAAUUUGUAAGUAGAUUUAUACACACUUUUUUUGUGCUAUAGAUUGGUGUAUCAAGAAGGAUUUUGUAUGCAAGAAGUUUGCUCUAAUGGUGACAAUAUUUCUCUUUUCAAUUAAAUGUUUGGCAGCUCA